AUGCGUCGCCUUUACUUGACUGACAGACAUCUGAGAGUUAUGUUAUGGUGCAUCCUUCUGGUAAUACAACCAACGUUUGCCGGAAUUCUAGACCCUUUCAACUGGGCUAGGUCUGAUCGCAUAGAAGUGAAUAUACCUUGGCUGCCAUUUGAAAAUGAAACAAGAUGUUACGAUGAACUAGGCUGCCUAAACAUCACAAGAAGUUGGUAUCAUCUAAUCCAUCGGCCUUUCAACGUUUUUCCGCUGCCAAGAGUCGUAAUCAACACCAGGUUUAUUUUAUACACAAAGAAAAAUCCAACUGAGGGUCAGAUAUUAAAUGUAAAUAUGAAUAAAACGAUAAUUAAAUCUAACUUCAACCCACGGCGGCUGACCAAAAUGAUAAUUCAUGGAUUCAUUGAUACUCCGUUAUCAAAUUGGGUUAGUGAGAUGAAAGACGAAUUGGUGAAAGCAGAUGACUACAAUGUAAUAAUUGUGGACUGGGCGGGCGGGAGCCUGCCGCUAUAUACACAAGCUACAGCAAACACAAGACUUGUAGGCUUGGAAGUAGCGCACUUUAUAAAUACUUUGCAGAAAGAGCACGGUUUGAGUCCACUUGAUGUACAUAUUAUUGGUCACUCGUUGGGUGCACACACUGCUGGCUACGCCGGAGAAAGGAUACAAGGGCUAGGAAGAAUAACAGGUCUUGAUCCUGCCGAACCAUAUUUUCAAGGGAUGCCCACACAUGUAAGGCUGGAUCCAACGGACGCUGAAUUUGUAGAUGUUAUCCACACCGACGGCAAAAGCAUUUUUCUAUUAGAUUUUGUGUUUAUGGCAGGAUAUGGGAUGUCACAGCCUGUGGGGCACCUAGAUUUCUACCCGAACAAUGGAAAGGAGCAACCUGGUUGUGAUCUAACUGAAGGACCGUUAAUACCGCUCACCCUAGUAAAACAGGGCUUGGAAGAAGCAUCAAGGGUACUAGUAGCUUGCAAUCAUGUCAGAGCCAUCAAACUGUUCACAGAAUCAAUUAAUGGAAAAUGCCCAUACAUAGGACAUCAGUGUCCAUCGUAUCAACAUUUUCUCUCUGGAAAGUGUUUUCAUUGCGGCCAUGGCUGUGCAAUAAUGGGAUUCCAUGCAGACAGUUCACCUGGUCUCAUCACAAACAAAAACAAUCAGACUGAAAACGAAGUUUUCCCUUCUGAAGAACAAGAAACAAUCGGGGCCAAAUACUAUUUAAGCACUGGAAAAGAGCAACCCUUUUGCCAUCGACAUUACAAAAUUGCAAUACAGCUGGCCAAUCCAAAAGGUGCUGAAUCUUGGGUUCAGGGCUUUUUGAAAGUAACUCUAAUGUCUGAAAGAGGAGUUAUUAGAGGAAUGGAUCUGACUCCAAACAAUUAUGUAAGAUUAGAGCACGGCACUACCUAUACAAUAGUAGUCACUCAUCCUAUGGAUUUGGGUGGUAAAAUAAGAAAAGUUGAGUUAUCGUGGGAGUACGACAUGAAUGUACUGGAACCGCGAUCUUUGUGUAUUCUCUGGUGCAAUGAUCGUCUUUAUGUAAAAUCAGUUCUCGUUGACCAAAUGGAAUUGCCUAGUAGAGGGAAAAGAAAUGUAGACUUCAGUAGCAAACUGUGCACGCCAAAACGUGAAUUUGCCGAGAUUCCAAACCGAGGCUCUGCAAGCUUCUAUGAUAACUGCGGGAGGUAG